AUGAGUCAAAAUACGGAUUGGAAUAAAAUUAUGUCCGAAGCAGAGAAGAUCGUCGGAAACCCGUCCUUCUUAAAUUUAAAUUGGCAGUCAAGCGACGAGUUUGCUAAUGUUGCGUUGCAUUUAAAGAAGCUGGUUGGCACAAAUCAUCCUGUAUUGAAAACAACUAAGUAAGUUAUCGUAAUUAACAUUCAACAUAACACUCAAACAUUUGGUCUCAUCUUGCUGUUAAUCUCCAAAGCUGCUGGCCACUUGAAUGCAAAAUCGACAGAUGUGGAUGAAGUUGUGGGCGUAUUACACAGUCAAAAAGUACUGGCGAAAAUUAUAGAAAUAAUCCGCACUAGCAAUUUAAUACACAGAGGACUAGUAAACAUAAAUGUAGAUGCAAAGUCUCUGGAAUCUACAGAAUUGAACAAUAUAACUCUCGGCAAUAAAUUAGCAUUGUUAUGUGGAGAUUAUUUUCUUAAAAAUUAUUUUACUAAAUUGGCAGCUCUAAAAAAUCAGGCUAUUAUGUUAUUAAUGUCGGAAGCAAUAAGAGAUUUAUGUCAAGCAGAAUUUGUAGCACGUAGGGACAAUCAAAAUUUUCCUAUACCGGCAAUACCACCUGAGGAUUGCACGGACUAUGCACUAAAGGAAUGGACGCUUUUAAAUACUUAUGGUGCUGGAUCUUUGCUCGGGAAAAGUUGCCAAUGUACAUUAAAAAUAGCUGGUCAUAACAAAGAAAUAGAGGAA